GUGCUGUUGGCAGACACCACAGGCUGAAGAUCUUCUCCUCUGAUACGGGUCCUUCAGUAAGAUCCACAAUGAACGGUGCCCUGAUCUGCAUGGCACUUUUUCUGCCCUGCAGCUUGGCUGUCCCAAUAGCUCACGACCCUGAAGCACAGAGCGUUGAGGAUAUGAAGUUUGUAGAGGUAUGUGACGUCAAAGCUUUUAUCGGCAGUAAAUAUUAGCUGUCCUGCCACUAUAUUGUAGGGAAGGCUUUAUUUUUAAUCGUGUAUUAUGUUGCUGUGAAGGAUGGAUGUAAAUGUUUGUGGGCAGCACGUGACCUGUUGCUUCUAGGUGUACAUCAUCUCUUCCAACAUAAAGCUGCUGCCCUUGGCUCCUUGGGGAGGAAGGGUGGGAUGUAAAUUCAGUAAAUAAAUGUAUAGUGGACUUUUUCACAUGAUCUCCCAUCCAGGCACUGACCAGGGCCAGACCCACUUAAUUGCUGCAAGGUAGCAACCUUCAGUCCACAGUCCUAGUCUGAAAUUGAGAUUUGCAAUGGAAUUGGUUGCAUCCACAAACUUUAAUUGAAAAGGAUGUGGUGGUCUAAUUUGUCCAAACUACAGUCAACCUAGAUGUGACUGCAGCAGCCAUGCAUCUACAUGUGUAUGUUUAUAGUGGGGGUCUGAUCCUGCCAUGAUCAUCGUCAUUACAUUAUUCGAACAAAUAGGCCAUUUUUGCAGAGUUUGGACCAAAGUGGCAGGGGCAACAGAGCACAAAAGAGUUAAGCAAGGGAAGAAAGUUCAGCUCCUCUCACUGAUAAGUCCCUUUUCAUGUUGAAAUGGGACUCCUCUCUCCACCCCACCCACCCCCCACCCCCCCGGUUUAUAUGCAGAUGAGACAAACACAUUAAUCAAACAUGGUGAUCACAACUGGAUUGCUGCAAUGCUCUUAAAGGGGAUCCAGAAGCUGCAGCUGGUGCAUAAUGCUGCAGUCUGGUUGCUGUACAGUAUCCCAAAGUGGAGCUAUGUAACACCCAGCAGUGGUUGCUGCCCAUUGGGGCUGGUAAGGCACAAGACCAACAGUGGGGGGAGCCAGAGCCAAUGGCAGGCAGAGCAGCCCCACAGCUGGUUGUAAAUAAGGAGGCAGAAGACUGACCAAGGGCAGCCUGGGGAUUGGUGGGGCAGCUCUCCAUUUGCCUUAAUGGGACAGCAUCCUUCUGAUAAUACCAGUUGCCUUUAUGCUACUGGACCUGAUCUGAGGGUGUUACUCUGGUCUACAAAACCCCUGAAUGUCAUGGACCCAAAUAUUUGGUGGAGCCCCGUAUCUCCUUGAAUGCUCAGGCUUAAGAUCAGUGGCGAAGGGCAUUCUGGUGGUACCAGUGAUGGGCACUGCCUGUUACAAGGUGAUGCGAGGCUGUCCCAAUGGUGGGAUGCCAUCCAAUUGGAAGUACCAUUGGUCCCCCUUAGUAUCAUAUUUCUAUCACCGUUCGAAAGGCGCAGAGUUUAUUGAGAUGAUUGGUGGAGGCCACUACACAAUGAGCUUUAUAAAACUGCACCGUAUUUAUGUUCUUAUUGUAGGUAGGAUUUUAUGUGUUGGUGUGCAUAUCAUCCUGGGUUAGAGGACCUUCCAGAGAGGGUGCGAAGGGAGGGAGAUUGCCAAAAGAAAUCACUUCCUACACCUUUCUGCCGAUGAAAACCUUUCAUUUUCCUGAAGGAAAAGAAACAACUCAAAUGUCUGGCCCAGCUGCCUCCAUCACACCAUCAGUAAAAUGUCAUUUGCAAGGUGCAAUAAAUGCAUGAUGAAGCGCUCUUAAUUUGGCUUUCUUGCUUCCUGGUACAGGCUUAUCUCGAUAAGUACUUCCCAUCAUCAUCAUCACAUCUUAAAAGUGGCGGUCAAAGCAUAGAGGAGAAGCUCAGACAAAUGCAGAGUUUCUUUCAUUUGACUGUCACUGGGAAAAUGAACCAAGAAACGAUGGAGACAAUGGAGCAGCCUCGGUGUGGAGUCUCAGAUAUCUCAGAAAAAUCUGCAGUAAGAUGGGGAAAGACAUUGCUGACAUACAGGUUAGCCCUGCUAAAGUCUCCUCUCUCUUUCUCUCCCUUUGAAAUAUCAUGUUAAGUUGUGGGUGAACAUAUCAGACGACACAGCGAUUCUUCAAACAGCUCUUGUUUAUUCACAGGCCAGGACAGAACUGAACUGAAGGGUUCAGUCAGCCUGCUUAUAUAGAGCUCCAGUACAACGUUACUGUAACAACUUUCUAAAACUAUCCAAUCACUGAACGUCACUUUCGAUCCCUUAUUUGUAUAACUAUCUACAGUAUCCCCCUGCUGGCCCAGGGUGAGAACUUCAGUACAUAACAUAUCAGAAGUGACAUUUCCUGGAUACUAAUAUUUUGGUUUUCCCUGUUGCUCCCAGGAUUAAUAACUACACCCCAGAUAUGCCGAAGUCCAAGGUGGAAGAGGCAAUAGCAAAGGCAUUCAAGGUGUGGAGCGAUGUGACCCCAUUGCAGUUCAGGAGAACUUCCAGACCUGCUGAUAUUGAAAUCUGGUUUGCAACUGGUGGUAAGGGAUGUUUAUAUUUAUGAACUACCCAAAUAAAACAUGAACAUUUUAAUUUUUUUUAACACAUAGAGUGAGUGGGGCCUUUUCUGGAGCAUUACUCGGGAACAGUCAUCAGAAAAUCGCCUCUGAGUUAACCAUGGGGGGGGGGGGAGAUGCUUUCACUGAUCAAAUUCUAAGUAGCCUUCUUUGUCCAUAAACAGGGGCAGAUAUGUUUUGCAAUGGUACUCCCUGCCUCUACUAGGGCUAAUACUUUAAAAAUGCUUGCUGCACCAUUCAGACCUGAGCUGAUUGUUUCAGCCUGAGGCAUGGUCGAGCCGGCCCUAUCCUUAACAUUAGUACUGUCCGGACCUGUCAGUCCUUAUGAAAAGAAGUAAGCCCUAACUAGCUCAGUUAGGAGGGAUGCGGGUGGCGCUGUGGUCUAAACCACUGAGCCUAGGGCUUGCCGAUCAGAAGGUCGGUGGUUUAAAUCCCAGGGAGGGGGUGAGCUCCCGUUGCUCAGUCCCUGCUCCUGCCAACCUAGCAGUUUGAAAGCACGUCAAAGUGCAAGUAGAUAAAUAGGUACCGCUCUGGCGGGAAGGUAAACAGCGUUUCCGUGCGCUGCUCUGGUUUGCCAGAAGUGCUGGCCACAUGACCCAGAAGCUGUCUGCAGACAAACGCUGGCUCCCUUGGCCAGUAAAGCGAAAUGAGCGCUGCAACCCCAGAGUCGCCCAUGACUGGGCUUAAUGAUCAGGGGUCCCUUUAGCUCAGUUAGAGACAGUAUAGUUCUGUUUUAAAAGGAAGUGGGUUGGUGAGGGGCAAAAUAUAUAUAUCCCAAAACCGCCGCCCCAAAAAGCAACUACCACCACCUAGACCUGUGACCGUCCCAAUGUUGUGGGACUCCAACACCCAUCAGUCCCGUUCAGCAGCAUCAGUGAUCAGGGAUGGCAGCAGUUGCUUUCCAAUGACAUCUGGAGGACAUCUUGACUUCUCCCCAGUCUAGUCCUGUUACUCCCUUUACUCAGGCGUUCCUAAUUCUUUAGAAACAGGAGUUGUGGAAGCACAACGAACAGUGCAUUUCAUCCAAAGGUUUAAUCGCUGCCGCCACUGCUGCCACUGAUAUGGAGCGCCUGCAGACAGCCUUUUUCAUGUGCGCUCAUGAUGAUAUGUGCUCAUGAUGCUAUUGGUGUGGUCACACCUGAGUCUGCUUUCAAGACUGUUUGUACCUGAAAAAGUUUUGAGUUGGUCGUUCUGCUUUCUUUCCUGCCAUGGCAUACUCCAUAACUUCCUUUUCAUACUACAAAUGUUUGGUUCUGCUUUUGGUGUGCUAGAGCCCCUCUGGACAACCAUAAGGUGCUAGGCAGCAUCUCAGGUCCUCCUAGUGGUGCAGCAAUAAAACUGCUAGUAUAUUUGCAAAACUAAGCAGGGUCCAGUAUAGUUUCAACUAAUAAAGCUGAAUGAAUCCACCACUGAUGCCUUGUUAUUGUAACAAGAACAUGCUGCAGAAUACACCUACAAUGAAAUACCAAUCAGGAGGGGAACCAUAUGGUGUCCAUACAUGGCCAUUUGGAGAGCCAAAUAGCCGCAGUGUGAUUGGGGCUACACGAGCAGGCGGAAAAUGUCAGUGUAUUGUGACUGCUAACCUAACUGCAAGUUUUGCGCUGACAGUAGCUGUUACUUCCUUUCAAAUGCAGCCCAUGGCGACGGUUCUCCUUUCGAUGGAAGAGGAGGGACGUUGGCUCAUGCCUAUUUUCCUGGACAAGGCAUAGGGGGAGAUGCUCAUUUUGAUGACAGUGAGCGCUUUUCGGAAUUCAACAGAGGUAAGCGAUUUCCUGCUGAGCGUUUCUGUUGGUUGGUUGGUUUCGUUUCUGUUCCGUCUUUCCCAACCCCCAGUGUAACAAGGCAGCUUGAAAGCAUAAGCAACAAUCAAAUCAUUAUAAAAUAAACCUUAUGGAGAUAAAAGCACAGCAAUGGCAAAAUAUUAGGCGAAGCAACAAAAGUCAGUUGAGAAACGUUUUAACCUGAAAAUGCCUGCUGGAAUAAUACCAUUUUCACUGCUUGUCCAAAAGUGAGCAGUGAUGGGGUCAGGUACCCCCCGCUAGGGAGGUUGUUCCAAGUUCUAGGUGCCCCUAGGGAUGAUUCAGAAAACCAUUAUUUCUGAAUUCUGAUAUGAGGAUCAGAACCAACAACUCAAUCCUAGUCAUAGCUACCCAGAAGUAAGUUCCAUUGAACUGAAUGGGGCUCCCUCCUGGUUGGCCACUGUGAGAACAGGAUACUAGAUUAAAUGAGGUUUUUGGGUUGAUCCAGAAGGCUAUUAUUAUGUCCCUAUGACAGUUUUCUAUGUGCAGUAUUUUCAUUUUUCAACAUGUGCCAUGGGGAAUGUGUCUGUGGGCUGGAGGUGGACACAUGCCACCAUAUAUCCCCUUGGGAUACGUACUCAACACUCACCUUACUCCCUUCCCUGUUUUUCUUCUUCUGUCUUUUAGAGAUCAACCUAUUCCUUGUUGCUGCACAUGAAUUUGGCCAUUCCUUGGGACUGAGCCAUUCAAAUGUCCGUGGUUCUUUGAUGUUCCCUUCCUAUUCCUUUGUGAACCCAAAUAACUUCAACCUCCCACACAACGACAGGCAAAGGAUCCAGAGAUUAUACGGUAAGUUCCCUGUGAAUAAUCUUGUUUCCCACAACUAAUUCCAUAUUAAUCAGACUCCCCUCCCAACCCUACAACCUCAAGCUAAUUUCAGUGGCUCCCAUCAAGCAAAGGAGAUCUAUGCAAAGCUGUAAGAAUAUGUAAGAAUACAGAUCUUCUCUUUGGUCCAUGGAAAUUGGCCAUCAUCUAACUUUCCAUUGUUGCAUAUAGUGCCCACCAUGCAAUAAUGUAUUGGCUGGAGAGCAUAACUGGCUAGCACAUUAUCAUUGGAAGAGGCACUAAUCCCACUUGCUCAUGUUGGGCCACUUAGUCUCCACCCACAGCAUUCAACCCGGACGCUGAGGUCCUCCUCCGAGGGCCUUCUGGCAGUUCCCUCCCUGUGAGAAGUGAGGUUACAGGGAACCAGGCAGAGGGCCUUCUCGGUAGUGGCGCCUGCCUUGUGGAACGCUCUCCCACCAGAUGUCAAAGAAAUAAACAACUAUCUGACUUUUAGAAAGAAUCUGAAGGCAGUCCUGUUUCGGGAAGUUUUUAAUGUUUGAGGUUUUAUUGUGUUUUUAAUAUUUUGUUGGGAGCCACCCAGAAUAUUAAUAAAAUUAAUUAAUUUAUUAAUAAUAAUGGAAAUAGUAGUAGUAGUAGUAUACUUACUGGUACCACACACCACAAAACUGAAUACAGGGUAAAAGGGUAAUUUUUCAUACUGCGUACAGAAGUCUUAUGGCUGUGUCCACAAGACUUAAAACCAAACAUAAAAUAUAGUAAGUCUGCAAUCCUAUACAUCUAUACAGCCCCAUUGAUAUGUAUGAGAAAUAAGGGUGGAAACCUAUAUUUCCUUACUGAGCAAAUUUUGUCUGAAGAUACUUGUGUAGAUAUUGGUAGUAUUUCCUUGGAUAUUUUAACUUAAUUGCAUAAUUUAUUUAUUGUCUCUUAAAUAUCCUUAUUUUUCUUCCUCAGGACUGCCAAAGUGAAAUCCUCAAAGCAUCACGGAUAAAAUUCAUCUUGUAUCUUUAAACAUCUUUGGCAACCGUAACAAGAAGUAGAACUAGGGCCAACUUAGAGACAUUUAUGUUUACGAUAUAUUCACAUAUAGGGGAAUUUCUUCACUCUAGUCUCUAUUCCCCUUUUCCAAGGCUUCCCUUUACAAGGGAGAAAAAGUCCUAAAAUCUGCAAUGCUUAAUUAGGUGAUGAAGCUUUGGACUUUCAUUUUCUGUCUGGUUAUUUAUCUAUGUAUUCGCUUGCAAAGGAAGACUCCGGGUUAUGGUUGCUUGUCCUGAUAUCAUUGUCUUACCUUUUGCAAAGAAAACAUUGUGCUGUGUGUCUCAGGCCUGAUCAACUUUGACACACACAGCAAGGCUGUUUUUAUAAAGUUCUCUGUUCAGUUCCACCCACAAACUGGGUUGUAAUGGAUGAACCAAUUACGUGUUUCAACACCAUGAACUAUUUCCACCUUGUUUAGUUCACAUUUGUUUUAGGGCAGGAAAGCCCUUUUUAACAAUAAAGCAAAAUAUCUUAAA